AUGUAUCGCUACUCGCUUUUGAAGGAGCUGGGAAGGCCAACCAAAGCCAAGCCCAGCUUUCGAGCGGCCCGUUUUGCAAGGCCCGCGAGACUUUUCCACGCCAGCACGGCGCUGCUCAACGAGCUGAAAGACCCGUACUCCACGUUGGGGGUGGCCAAGACGGCGUCUCCGUCCGAGAUCAAAAAGGCGUACUACAAGCUGGCCAAGAAGUACCAUCCCGACAUCAACAAGGCGGCUGACGCGCAGCAGCGCUUUCACGACCUGCAGAACGCAUACGAGAUUCUGUCCGACGACGCCAAAAGACAGCAAUGGGACCAAUACGGGGCGGCGGCCUUCUCGCAAGGCGGGGCCGGCGGUGCAGGCGGUGCGGAAGGCUUCGGCGGCGGAUUCGGCGGGUUUGGCGGAGCAGGCGGCUUUGGAGGGCAAGGGUUUGGCGGCGGCUUCGGUGGCAUCAACUUCGAAGACCUGUUCGGCGCGGCGUUCGGCGGAGGCGCGGGCGGGUCGGCCCGCGCCGGUGGAGCCCGUGGUCGCUCCAUGUACCGUGAGUAUCAAGGGAGUCCCGUGGAGGUAACCCACCGUAUGUCGUUCAAAGACUCGGUGUUUGGUGUGAAAAACGUUGAGCUGAAAUACAGCGCGUACGAUCCUUGCAAUACGUGCGAGGGAACGGGCUUGAAACCAGGUGCUUCGAGGAGCACCUGUUCUGUGUGUUCGGGAACUGGCACUCGUGUCCAUGUGCGCGCAGGGUUCCAAAUGGCAUCCACAUGUGACAACUGCGGUGGAGAAGGCUCGGUGGUCAAGGACUCCGACAAUUGUAAAACCUGCCAUGGCGAAGGUGCCAAAGUGAACAGAGACUGCGGCUUGAAAGUUGACCUCCCUCACGGCCUCCAGGACGGAGACGCCAUACGUGUAACCGGCAAAGGAUCGUAUCCAAAUAUGCAAGUCGAUCCCGCAAUGAAGGACAGCGUCCGCUUGGCGAGAGGCGAUUUGUUGAUUCGCAUUCGCGUCGACAAGGACCCCAGGUACCAAAUCAAGAACAAGCAUGACAUUUGGUUCACCCAAGACAUCCCGAUCACCACGGCCGCGCUGGGCGGAGUGGUGACUAUUCCUACUGUAGAAGGAGAACAAAUACGACUCAAAGUCUCUGCAGGAACACAACACCACGAUGUGGUGUCUAUCCCACAAAAAGGUGUGCCCAGAGGCUCAUUUGGGUUGCGUGGCGAUAUGAAGGUCCAGUACCGCGUUGUGGUAAAGAAACCGCAGUCCCAGGCCGAGAAAUGCUUGUGGGAAGCGUUGGCGGACGUAACUGGUGACACCUUGGCGAAGAAAUCGGUGCUGUCCUCGGAGGAUUCCGGCAAGUUUAGUGGCCAAACCAGCAGUCAGGCCCCACCUGAGAAUAAUAAUCCCGACACGCCCGGCGCCUUGGGAAAAUUGGAAGACUUCAUAACCAACACUUUCAAGAAGAUCAAGGGCGACAAGAAAUGA